GCCAGGAGCGCUCCAGUCUGGCGGGGCGCUGAGCGGGGAGCGGGCGGCAGGGCCCGGCGCGGCCAGGGGCGUCCGCCAGGGGGCGCGCCGCGACGGGGCGGGAGGGGCCGUCUGGCCUGGGGAAUUAGCGCCAGGGACGGGCGCGCGCUCGGGUCCCCAGCACAUCUGGGCGAGAGCGGCGCCGCUGGACCGAGGGGGGCGCCGAGCGCAGAUCUGGAGCGGCAGAGGCACCGCGCGGCUGGGGUCCUUCGAGGCGCUCGGGGCGCACAUCUGGGACCUCGAGAGGGGGCCGCGCCGCGCACAGCUGGGCCGGGGGAGGGGGGCGGCAGCUACACAGCUGGACCGGAGGGGGCGGGGUCGGUCCCGGGCGGCCAGCAGAGGGGAGGGCCGCGAGCCGCCGGGGACUGGAGCAUGGGACGGCGCGCCUGAAGGAGCAGGGGCGAGGCAGGGGCCUGGGAGCCCGGCAGGAAAAGAGGAGAGCAAGGGGCCCGAGAGCAAAGGAGGAAGAUGCAACUGACUCGCUGCUGCUUCGUGUUCCUAGUGCAGGGCAGCCUCUAUCUGGUCAUCUAUGGCCAGGAGGAUGGCCCUCCCGGCUCAGAGGACCCUGAGCACGAUGACCAUGAGAGCCAGUCCCGGCCCCGGAUACCUCGGAAGCGGGGCCACAUCUCACCCAAGUCCCGCCCCAUGGCCAACUCCACUCUCCUAGGGCUGCUGGCUCCACCUGGGGAGGCAUGGGGGGUCCUUGGGCAGCCCCCCAACCGCCCGAACCACAGCCCCCCGCCUUCGGCCAAGGUGAAGAAAAUCUUCGGCUGGGGUGACUUUUACUCCAACAUCAAGACAGUGGCCCUGAACCUGCUCGUCACCGGGAAGAUCGUGGACCACGGCAACGGGACCUUCAGCGUCCACUUCCGACACAACGCCACCGGCCAGGGCAACAUCUCCAUCAGCCUCGUACCCCCCAGUAAAGCUGUAGAGUUCCACCAGGAGCAGCAGAUCUUCAUCGAAGCCAAGGCCUCCAAAAUCUUCAACUGCCGAAUGGAGUGGGAGAAGGUGGAACGGGGCCGCCGGACCUCGCUCUGCACCCACGACCCGGCCAAGACCUGCUCCCGAGACCACGCUCAGAGCUCGGCCACCUGGAGCUGCUCCCAGCCCUUCAAAGUCGUCUGCGUCUACAUCGCCUUCUAUAGCACAGACUAUAGGCUGGUCCAGAAGGUGUGCCCGGAUUACAACUACCACAGCGAUACUCCCUACUACCCCUCCGGGUGACCCUGGGCAGGCCACAGAGGCCAGGCCGGCCCACAGAG